AUGACGCUGUGGAAUGGCUCCUUCCCCUUCUACCCUGGCACCAAUGCUUGCUUCCCCUUCAACACCACCUCAGCCGUCAUCGCCUCCGUCUUCCUCUCUGCGCUGGCCACUUCCAUCAUCAUCCUUCCAGGCAUCCGAGGAAAGGGGCGACUCUUCUGGCUCCUGCGGGUGAUGAUGGGACUCUUCAUUGGAGCGGUGGUCCUCACCAUACAGUUCACCAGGGACUGGGAGAGCGGCUGGGUGACAGCAAACACCUCCUACAAGUCCUUCAGCAGUGCCAUGGUGAAGGCAGACAUCGGGCUGCACAUCGGCCUGGCGGGGGUGAACGUCACACUGGUGGGAAACCCGGUGAAUCAGGUCAAUGAGACCAUCAACUACAAUGAGCACUUUGCCUGGAGCUUCGAUGCAGACUACGACCACAGCUACAGCGAAGGCCUGGAGAAGGGGCUGCCCAGCCCCAUCCUCUAUGUGGCGGAGAAGUUCACCACAGAAAGCCCCUGCAACAUGCACAGGCAGUACCGAAUCUCCGGCCACUAUGCGUCCAUCACGCUGUGGAUGGCCUUAUGCACCUGGCUCAUUUCCAUCCUGCUCUUCUCCAUGCCCAUCCUCCUUUAUGGUGGCUACAUGCUCCUGCUCACUGCCGCACUGAUGCUCUUCUCACUGCUCUUCUUUGUCACUGCGAGGAACACCCUGAAGUGUCCCAUCCAGUUCGGACCAGCCUCCCUGAAAACAGAGUACGGUGGAUCCUUUUGGCUGACAUUAGCAACAGGGCUGCUGUGCCUGCUGCUGGGGAUGGGUGUGAUCGUCCUCAACUCCGUGCGGCCACAGAAGCUGAAGCUUGUCUUUAACCUGGAUGAGGGAAAGGGAGAAAAAGUGGAGGGGUGGGACAAGCCCCACCUGCCAGACGAGUCCAGCUCCUCUGAGCAGGAUGUGUUGAUGGUCCCCCUAAAUGAGCUUUGCGAGGUGACGACCACCCAGCUGUAA